AUGGAGGCUGGACGCAAUAUCUACCUCGAUGGAACCGAGAUCCUCGAACAGUUGCCCAGCGACUGCACGAUCUACACCGAUGUUCUGGCGCUGAGCAAGGCUGGGGUCACAAUUUCGGCGGGCAAGAAUACAGCCCUGGAGAUCUACGCGCGUGUUAUCACAGCGGAGGCUCCAGUGACGCUGGACAUGUGCCUCAAGGGCACCCAGGGCACUGGGAUUGUUAUCUGCGCUGCCGUGGUCGACCAGCCGAUCAGUGUCUCCGUGGAUGGCGGCCAACUCACCCCGCUGGCUCUCGGGGCCGACUCAGGCUACCAGGCCACGGAAAUCAGCUUCGAAGAUGGCAUUCCGUCCGUCAGCUACCUGGACGAUCUCGACGAAUCUGACACCACGGACGUCUAUCAGGCCUUCCUUGACACACAGCUGCGGGUGGCACUGGCGCUCUUCUGGGCGCAGCCCGCCAUUGCCAUCUCAAUCUGCGCCUACGUCGCCCAGCUGACUUGCACCGGCACCGAGCACAGCCUGUUCAACGCGCAGGCCGUCUCUCUGGGCCAGCAGCUGGCCGGCCACACCCUUGCAGGACCCGACGCCAACUACGCGCCUACCCUCCCCUUCCAGACGUACCAUGACACCAUGGUGGACCAGCUGAGCGCUGCCAAGAACUUCGAGGAGCAGUACCAGCGCUUCCAGGACAAGGAAAGCGCGGUCGAGGACCAGAAGCAGGCGUGGGGGACUAUGCUCCAGAACGCGCAGGAUCAGCGCGCCGACGCGUGCAAUACGACGACAGAGUGUGCCAAGCACGUGGACGAUGACAACGGUGAGCUGAGCGACAAGCAGAAGGCGUUUGAGGAAGGUCUGCAGGCAUGGAAAAAUGCCCAGGUCCUCAAGGCCGUGUUUGGGAUUCUGACCUCGCUGUUUGAGUUCGCAUUCGGAAUCGCCUCGGUUUGCCUGGCAGCCAAUCCGGCCCAGGACGUCAAAGAGGUCGAGGAUUCAAUCGAUGUGGUGGAGGAGACGGAGGAGGGGGCCAAGGAAGCCCUCGAGAAGGUAUCCCCCCGGAUCGAGUCGCUAGUCGAUUCGGCGAAACAGCUCUCCAAGCUCCCGGACGGGGACGUGGUCGACAUCCCCGGAUCGGCCGACAUUUCCGGGUCCGACGGCACGGAUGCGGAUUCCAGUCUGAUCCAGAGCCUGGCGGCGUGGGACGACUGGCAGCUGGAGUGUGACCAGCAGAUGGAGUGGGCAGCCGACGACCAGAAGAUCGGCGGCGCCAGUGAGUAUCGCCUGGCGCUACGCAAGCACGCAGUCCACGGGCGCGCGCUGGCCCAGGCGCAGGUGGAGGCGAUCAAGCAGGGUCAGCAGUACGACCUGCUGGAUGCCUACAAUGGGGAGGAGGAGGUCUAUGCCGCCGCCGCCGCCAAGUUCUAUGACCGCUGGCUCCAGCUGCGCACGAGCCUGGCCAUCCAGAUGCAGUAUAUGACGGAUGCCUAUCGCUUCUAUGCUCUGAAGGAGAGCAAUGUUGUCGUCGACUCGCAGGGCUUGGUUGCUGACUUCCAGGAGGCCCUCGCGGAACUGCAGGGUGCGAUGCAGGAGGUGGACGAGGAGUAUGCGAACGGGUUUCAGGGUGAUGAUUUAUUCCCUCUUUCGUUCUCUUUUGCCGACGAGCUCGCCUCCGACUUCGGACAGACCUUGAUCGCGGGUUUGACUAGCAGCGAGCAGGGCAAUUCGGGGACUUUUACCCUAGUCGUGACACCGGGCGCCGAUCUACACGAGGGGGUUGACAAUUUCGCCUACCCCUUCGUAGGAUCCUCUCAUUACCGACUCGAUGGAAUGGAGGUUAUCCUGGCUAACGUCAAACCGGUCCCGGAGGCGGUUCACCACGGUAGCGCUGUGGUGAGUCUCAAGAUCGAGACCUCCGGGACCUACACCGACCUCCAGGGCGACCAGGUCUUCUACUUCGUGAGACUCCCGCAAAAGGUCCGGUAUUCCUAUGAGAUCGAUGCGGACGGAAACUUUCUACAGGCCCGCGACUUUGUCGUAUUCACCGCGGCCGAUCACGCCCAGCCGAGCCCAUUCACCCAGUGGACCAUCACGGUCGAGUCGCCACAGGACCUCGAUCUGAGUGCCUGCGACGGCCUGCAAAUCAACUGGACAGGCCACUAUCGCGCGUACACCUCGGCCCCGGUGGCAGAGAACUCCUCUCAGCGAAAGGAUUAA